UAUCGAGUUUGACCUUCUACUCCAUGAGGUGCUUGGACUCUGGACUCCACUUUCUCACCAAUCCUCAGGAGAGCAAUGUUGGUAAGAGUAAGCUUGAUUUCGUAUAUUCAGUCACCACUUUUGACAUUGAUAAUGAUUGCAGGAUCUAGGACAGUAUCGAAACUACAGAACAGGAAGCUGAUGAUACUUAUAAGAGAACUUCGAACCGCAGGCCCCAGUGUAAUUCGAACUCUCUGCUUAUGACGUCAAGGCUCUGAUCGGUUGAGUUUGAGAGUUUGAGAGUUUGAGAAUUGAGACCAAGAACUUUGACAGGGUUGUGAAGUGGACCGCGGAUUCUGAAGUUAAGGCUAAGCAGCUCACGUGAUCGUGAGCUGCUUUCGAAUAUGUCGUCAAAUCUCGUGUUCCUGCUUUUUGUGUCAGUGCUCCUCAGCUUCCAGCUUUUGUGCUGCUGCUCUUCCCGACCGCUGGUCUCUACACCAGAUGUUUCUUCUCACCUACAGUAUUUGGAUUCGAAACUCGAGCCUACAGAGGUUAUGAGCUCGUCGCCGCCUACGGAAUUUGAUGAUCACGGAGACGAAGGUACAGAACUGAACACGGUAUUGCAAAAGUCCGAAAGGGAUGAAGAAUCUCAACAAAUUUCGAACACGAAGUCAGGAGAUUGUGAAGAUGAUACCUAUUAUACACCUGCUGCCCUACCAGAGCAUUCGGAAUCUCCCCAAAUCCGCAGACAUUUCGUAGAUUUAUCACUUCGUCGUAGCAGACUACUUCAGAGAGCCAAUCCUGGUAAAAAUCCACGUCCAUCGAGAGGGCCAGUACGUCCAGGGAAAACUGGCUGACCUGACUUCGUCCAUCUUUCACGAUGUUUUUUACCCAUCCCAGCAAUAUUUGUAAGAACCUCCCCUACACUGCUGCUAUACCUGUUGAUGUCGAACCUUCACACCUUCCUGCCACGGGGUGCAUGAGGAUUAUGAUGAAAAAGAAAACGAAAACGAAAAAUCGCAAUAGAGAGAAUUCAACUUCCGCUUACUUUUGAUACCCCGGAACUUAUGUGCCCACAAGCUUCCUUUGGAUUGUUACGUACUUGUAGAAAAAGAUUAAAGAAUCUGGUGAAGCAUGCAGUAGCUGAUUGUUACCUUUCCUACUGGAUACUUCUGGAUUCUAACCAUACCACGGCAACUCAGUCGCCACGGAGUUGAGUGGGUGUACAGCACUACCAAGAGUAGCUGCAAACGUGAAGUUUUGACCUUGUAUCGUAUGAAUGUAAACUGCCAGUCGCUAUUGUAGAGACAUAGUUUGAGCUUGAGUAGGAGAUUCAGGUUAGAGAUGUCGAUCCAUAGAGUAGCGAGUAGAUUCUUACGUCCCGUCACAGUCACAGAAUGCAUGUCGAAAUGUAUCUGUCUAUUGUACAAUUGAAUUCCAAUCAGCUGAGUGAUUUACGUCUGACAUGACUUCCAAAUAUACGGACAAACUGUAGCGUUUCUGAGACCCCAAAUUGAAACGUCGAACCUGCUCCAUCGAUCAGCACACGUGGAGCCAUCCCGUGUCCGGCGAUGCUCCUCUUGAUGCUAGUGGUAACAGGUGGGAGUUUCUUGGGAUGAAGUUGCAUGUUGGAUCACAGCUUGCGUCAAGUGUCGAGGACGGGUCUCCCACGAUGUACUAAAAUAUAAUGAAAAU